UAUACACGCUCGUGACUUUGUUCUUAACUAUAUAAGUCGUCAUAUUUGUAUUUAAAACUUUAAAAGAGAACAUUAAAGUUUAAUGUGAUAUUAAAACCCUUUUAUUAAUAAGAGCAAUGCUUCUGCUGGAGAUUUUCGUUCUAUUGCUCUCAUUUUGUUCCAUGCCAAAGGCAGUAUCAUCAGUAGAAGUGGAAUUCAAGGCAGAAUAUUACUCAAAUGUAACUCUUGUUUGUGAUGACACACUUUUGGGCCUACCAUAUACUACCUACAAGAAAUAUUGGAUCCUACCUAACGGUACAGCCCUCCAGUGGUCCUACGAACCUGGCAAUUAUAGUAGUAGAUUUUCUGUUGGAGAAUCCCCUGGAUUUAACCUUACAAUAGCUAAUGUAGAUGAGGACGACUUCGGGUGGUACUACUGUGUUAUUCUUUGGGAUAACUAUAUCUAUCUUGUUCAUACAAUAAAAGUUGGACUUAAUGUAAACGGGGCGUUAUAUAAAGAGCUACUAGACCAAUAUCGCAAGAGUGCAAUUAUUGGGCUUAUUGCGGGGGCCGUUACGGCGACGGUGCUUGGUCUAUUUUGUUUAUUAUACUGGUGUAGAUAUAGCGAGGUUAAUACUGAAAAUGACGAAAAACGUGAAAAACUGAAUAAGUCAGACGCUAAAAAUGACACAAGUGAUGAAAAUAGCAAAACUGACACCGUUUAUGGUGAAGAAAAAGAAGCGAUAUAUGAAUUAGAUAAAGCAGUGAAAGGUUACGAUGAUGAUGCAACCGUCGCGGGUGAUGGCGAGGUUGCUAUAGGUUUGAAAGUGGCUCGUGAUGAUAGUCUUGAAGAGGAUGGUAUGCCACUUAAUCUGUUCGAACCCAUUCCUGCUGCAGUUGAAAUAACACAGCCGAAAGUAGCAAGGUAUUCCGAAGAUGAUGGCGACUGUAAUAACAUUGUACCCCCUCCUCCUCCCCCACCACUAAAUGAUUCAUUUGAAGAAACAGAUGUACACAUGCACGGAUAUCUUAACAAUGCGUUUGAUCUAGAAAAGGAUGAAUAUCCCCAAGAUAGUGAUUCUGAGACAGACAGGAAAUACUUGCACCAAGAGGACACUUUGUCACAUGAUAAAGGGCAAUAUGCUGAUGUGAAAUUUUAG